AUGCAUGGAACCUGGAUCGACAUAUUCAUCAGAGAAAAGGAACGCAAGAACAAGAAGCCACUCGCACAAUACCACUUCACUAUCAUAGACACCAAACCUCAGGUGCUUGCCCGCGCGAUACUGAUCUUCCUACUCCUUGAGGAGUUGGCCGACAAAAAAUCUUUGAAUCUGGAAAAAGCUGAGGAAAUCCUGGGAACGUUAUUCUACACUUACAUCAACCACAUCAUGCCUCCGAAGGCUUGGAGAAAGCUUCAAGCUACCAUUUUGAAAGCCAUCAAUCUACUCGAACAACCAACGGCAAUUCUCAGUUGGUUUGACGUGCUUCAAAAGGAUCGCGGUGCAAUCAAGAAUGCUCUGAAGCUUUGGCAACACAAAACAUCUCAAAUGUUUUCUACCAAUACUUUCCGCGAGAAGAUCGCUAGCGACACUUUCCAGCAAUCUUUGAAUCCAUGGAUACCAGGGCCGGAUGUAGUACCACUCCUGGCAAAGGGACUUGCGAAGGACAAGCUGCUCUACGAUCGAGCAGGUGUGACGCUUCCACCGCCUUCAUUCUCCAAUCAAGAUCCUGCGAAAGUGAGAGAAAUAGUAGCGGACACGUCGUUCCCGAACAACAUUACUGCCGAGUGGUUAUCAAAUCUGGACAGUACUUGGAUGCCAAACGUCACUCUUAUUGACGUAGACCAAGUGGAACAACAAGCCUGGGCUGGCAUUCCCAUCGAGAUGAUGGACAUAGACCUAGCAACCGAUCUCUUUGCACAGUGGACCGAGUACAUUCGGACACGACAUCCGCAGAACCCGAAGUGUCUAUAUGAUUACGCUGCAGGCUAUUUCCUGAUCCUGGCCAGUGCACUAGACCAUCUAAGAGGUCGUCUCAGAGUCGAGCCUAUCCUUGGCGAGAUGUGUGAAACGUUUGAGAAGAUGAGGCUGGGCUUGUACACUGAUCGUAAAAACGAAUCUGCACCGAGUCAGACAGAGGGUAGUCAGGACAAAUCCGUUGAAGACUACCCGACCGUGUACAAUAGGAUACAUCUCUCCAACGUCACAGACUACACAGGCGGAACCCUUAGCGCCCUCUUGUUCGCUGCUCCUAUCACCCGCACAAGCACUGACGGUCACAACACUUUUGCCUUCAAAUGCUUGAGGAACCCACCCGCAUUUGAGAAGGUAGACGACUACAACAGCGAGUACAAUCUGCUGCCCAACGACUCAGCAGCUCAGAAGAUUUUUGCUUGUAGAUUCCAAAGGAAACCCUCGCUGCCAUUCUUUCCUCCGGGUAUGGCUAUGAUAGCUGAAGACUAUAUGAAUUGGUCAAAGUUGUCAACGAAUAUUGAGUUUGACAAAUUGAUGGACCGACCGACUCUGACAGCUUGGAUACACGGUCUUCUACUCAAAACUGCAAUCCCUGCACGCCGAAAGGUCCCUGACACCCUUCUCGUCAUCUCACCGUUCAAUCUGACAGUCAUUUUCCGGGUCCUGCUCCACCUCAAAGGGGUAGGAUAUCCGAUUCAUUGGCUAUCCGAAAUUCUGACAAGCAUCAUCACGAACCCGCUGGAAACUCGUGCAACUCAUACGGACUUUGCACCAGCCACAGUUGCGGAUGCGAGACGGAUGCUGGACAAGUCUCGUCCGUUGCGAAAGGUGUCCAUCAAACCUUUCAUGGCUGAUUUGACGACUUUGACAUCAAUCUGGCUUCCUGCACUGGACUUUGGCCUCUUCAAAGGAUAUGAGCUCUUACCAGAUCCNAAAAACAUCAGGAAAUACUCUAUAGACUUUGACUAUAUAAGGUUUGAAAAUGCCUUCGAAAAGACAUUUGUGCUUGUCUUCAUGGAUACAAAAUUCCUUGGUCCCGCUGGGCCAUUCUUACCCCUACGUGCGCUCCUUUGUCAACAAGAUCGGGAUGUUCAUAAUGCUAUCAAGUCGCCUGCAGAUUUGCGAGAAAAGGGACUUCAUGUAGUCACUACUUGGGACAUUGAAACUGAGACGAAAAAGGCAACUUUCUGGAUGCGUGAGAACAUCGUCAAGGGUAUGAGUGAAGGUCGUGCUGAUUGGUAUGUUGGCAUCUGGCGCACUGACAACUGGGCUGUGGCAGCACAUCCAGUGCCGCUUGUCAUCGAAGACCUGGGAUGCUCUUGGAGUACUUGA